AUGCCCACUUACACAACCCCCACCUCCCGCCACCGAGCCCUCUUAACCCGCGAUCCCCUCUCCCACUCCUCCUUCAUCUACGCUGUCCUCACAACCCACAUCUACUGCCGCCCGACCUGCCCAGCCCGGCUCGCCCGGCGCGCAAACAUCCUCUUCUUCAACGCUAGCCACGAAGCCGAGGCAGCGGGGUUCCGCGCGUGCAAGCGGUGCAAGCCCAACGUCGCCGCGGUAGAAGAUAGGCAGGGGCAGGCGGUUAGGAGGGCGUGUGAGAGGAUUGAGGAGGCGGUGGGGAAGGGCGAGGAGGGGAAGCUGAGGUUGGGGGAGUUGAGUAGGGAGGUGGGGUUUACGAGUAGGUAUUUUCAUGGGGUUUUUAAGGGGAGGAUGGGGGUUACGCCUAGGGAGUGGGUGGGGAGGGUGGUUGGGGAGAGGAAGAGGAGGGAUGAGGAAGCGAGGUGUGGGGUUGGGGAGAUGGGAGAGCAAGCGUGGGGUGGUGAGAGCUUUGAUUUUAAUGAUUUGAUUGAUUUUGGAGGGGAUGCAGAGAUGCUCAAUGCUGAUGAUCUUACGGGGCCUCAGGAUCAGUCGUUUACGAUAGAUCAGGAGCUCAGCCUCGACGCGAAUGGGCUUUUUCAGCCUUGGACUGGAUAUGAGCCGGCUCAAGCUAUCUCAGGUUCCUUUCAGACUACGCCAGAAGUUAUGAGUUUCGGUGAGAAGACGAUGUCAUCUACAUCGACACUCGAGCUAGAUGCUGCAGCGAUGCUCGACUGGGAUAGCUUGGCAAACAUGCCACAGAAACAACUCUGA